GAUAGUUUUGUGGCACUGAAGAAUACGUUUUUGAGUUUGGUCUUACUGAAUCAAAAUGACUGAAAAAUCAGAAGUGAAAAUUCGCCAGAGAUUCUACUGGUUGUCUAAUACCAUCUUUCAUCAGGUUUUGGCAGUUACUUGUGGAUUUAUAUUUUAUAUAUUUUUUAAAAGCCAUGACCUUACUUCUGCUAGAUUUCUCCAUAAUUUCUUAGCUUCUGGAGCUUACAUUCCAUUAAUGGCAGAAGGUUUCAUAUUAUUCACUGAAUCAAACGUUUGGUCACUGCAAGCAAACAGAACUAUAAAAGGAUGGGUUCAUGGCGUCUUAUUAACAGUCAGUGUUAUAUGUGCUUCCGUUGGUAUAAUUAUAGAAAUUAAUGCAAAAAAUCAAAGUUCCUCCCCGCAUUUUCACACACUGCAUGCUAAAUUAGGUCUUGCUUCAUGGAUUAUGGGUUUUUCAUUAGUCCUUAGUGGCUUGUUGACAGUAUAUGCUGCCAAAUUAAGAAAUUAUGUUAAACCCUUAUACAUAAAAUUAUUCCACGAGAUUGUGGGACUAGCAUGCUUUGGUACCGGAGUCUAUUCUUUAUAUCUAGGCCUUCCCAAAUGGGGAUUUGCCAGCUAUGUGACAGCAUCCGAAUUAACCGCAACCAAAACAUUAGUGAUCAUCGUAGCAGUUUGGAGUGUUCUUGGAUCGUGUGUGUCUAUCUUUAAUAAUAUUAAAAAUGUAUUCACGUAAUAAUGUUUUACUAGUAAGUAAUAUAUAUAUAUAUAUAUAUAUAUAUAUAUAUAUAUAUAUAUAUAUAUAUAUAUAUUUUUAUAACAUUUUAGUCUGUAACAAAAUAUUUUGUAAUUAGGUAUUUAUAAUUAUUGUAGUUAAUGAAUUGUGUACAAAUCGUUGAAUCUGAACUUAAUUAUGUAAUAUUGUAAAAUAAAUUCUAAAUUUAUUUUAAUUUUAACAAAGACUAUCGAAAAAUAUGAAAUAUUAGAUUAAUAAAAUUCACAACAGAACAAAUUUUUAUAGAUAACUUUAAUGAAAGAUAAAGUUAAAUUGCAAAUAUUUAUAAAAAUAUAAUAAAAAACUAAUUAAAAAUCUUAACACGUCUUGCUGCCGAUAUUAACGAGGUUUAAGCAAGCAUUGUUAGAAAGUUUAGUAUGUACAAUCACAGGAAGGAGUAUAUAUUGUUGAAAGCGUUGCUUAUAGUGUAUUUUAAAAAUAAUGUAGAGUAAAUUUUCAGAAAACUAAUCUUUGAGACUUAAUUCAUUAAGUAUAUGAGGAAAACGUUGAAAGAAUAUAGUUUAUAAGUGUGUAAUAAAUGUUUUGUUGCAUGUAUUUACAAAAGGUUAAAUUUGAUCUGUGUGCAAUCAAUUAUAUUUUGUAGUUCUUAUGCGUUGCUUGAUAUUAGGAUAGUAUUAUCAUCGUACCUGAUGUUGUCUAUGCUGGUUCCGUUAUUCUUGAUUCCACCUUGAACCUCCUCUAAUGCUUUUUUGAAUAUAGAUUCCGAAUCCCGAAUAAAUAUUAUUGGCGAUAAGACGUAACCUUGUCGCACUUCUCGUCGAAUUCGUAUAUCUUCAGAUAUUGUGCCUAAAUUAUUGCCGAUUGGUGCCAAUAUAGUUCUGAGAUAAUUCACCACUCUUCUUCCUCAAUUCCAGUUGUUCUCUGAAUUUCGUCUUUUGAUGGUUAACGCAGUCAAAUGCUUUUCGAUAAUCAAUAAAACAUGCAUAUACAUCUAUAUUCAUGUCUCUGUAUCGUUGUGUUAAUACAUGUAAGGCAAAAAAAGCUUCUCGUGUUCCCAAUCCAUUUCGAAAUUUUAAGCAAGGAAAACCCUUUUUUCCAGAAGUAUAACGUAGACCCUUUACACACUUAAGAGAUAAAGAUAAUUUGGGAAAAAUUAUUUUCUUUAUCUUACUUACCUGGAUAUUAUUAAUUCCUAAUAUGGUUUCGCCUUUACAGAACGAUUGGUUCAAAACUUAUUUUUAAAUUGUAAUAUCAAUCACUAAGUCAUUAUUUGUGUGAUUAGAUUCUCUUAUAUUAUCACUGGUAUACUUGUUAUAAUCGAUAUAUCUUCUAUUAUAUAAAAAUUACUAUUGUGUAGUUAGAUCUCG